AAAAAAAAAUUGUUUGACAGGGAGGUGAGGCGACCUGCGAGAAGGGAUUACACAAGAGAAGGGAAGUUUUAGCGCGCGUGUGUGUGCGUGUGUGUGUGUGACAGUUUCCCAGUCAACUUGGAGGCAGACUUAGGGGGCGCGACAAAUGAUUUGUACGAGUGUAAGCAACAGGGCACGGAGCGAAAUGUCAGGGACUGUUUCAGCCUCGAGCAAAGGGAAGCGCGACUAGUACACCGCAACGCGGAAAAAAAAAUAUUCAGGGGGGUGAGAAUGCGAAUGGUGCGAAGAUACCGAAAUCAAACAAAAUGGAAACGAUGUAGCGUCGCUGCGGCAUUUCAUAUAGAUAGAACUAACGUUAGAGUAGAGGAUAGAUAGCUAAGGAGCUAGCAGGUUAACUAACAUACAUGUAAAGUUAUUCCCCGGAGAAACAGAGCCCGGAGGCGUCUGUUGAGUCACAAGAGUUCAUCAGUAUCUUCCCCCCCCAAAAAAGAAGACAAAACAAGAAGAUGCUACGGAGAGGACUCACCCGUUUGCUUGGCGGCGAUGAGAGAAGAGUGGACAGUCGAACUAUCUACGUUGGCCAUCGCUCAUCUUCAACCAAUGAGGCUUUCAUCCCACCCAAGUUCUGUGAUAACAGGAUCGUGUCCUCCAAGUACACAGUUUGGAACUUUCUACCAAAGAACCUGUUUGAACAGUUUAGAAGAAUUGCCAAUUUCUACUUCCUUAUCAUCUUCCUGGUGCAGGUGAUAGUGGACACACCCACCAGCCCAGUCACCAGUGGCCUACCCUUGUUUUUUGUGAUCACAGUAACGGCUAUUAAGCAGGGCUAUGAGGACUGGCUACGGCACAAAGCUGACAAUGAGGUGAACAAGUACCCAGUAACAGUGCUGGAGGACGGCCGGAGGAUACGGAAGGAGAGUGAGAAGAUCAAGGUCGGAGAUGUUGUGGAGGUGGAGGAAGAUAAGACCUUUCCCUGUGAUUUAAUACUGCUGCAGUCUAGCCGAGGCGACGACACAUGUUUUGUUACCACAGCAAGUCUGGAUGGAGAGUCAAACCAUAAAACACACUACACAGUGCCAGACACUGAGAAGGAUCUGGAAUCCCUCAACGCCACCAUUGAGUGUGAACAGCCGCAGCCUGACCUUUACAAGUUUGUUGGACGCAUGCACAUCUACAAAACCAAUCAAGAGCCUGCAGUAAGGUCUUUGGGCCCAGAAAACCUUCUGCUGAAAGGGGCAACUUUAAAGAACACUCAGAAAAUCUGUGGUGUUGCAGUUUACACAGGCAUGGAGACAAAGAUGGCCCUUAACUACCAGGGCAAGUCUCAGAAACGCUCGGCUGUGGAGAAGUCCAUCAAUGCCUUCCUUCUGGUUUACCUUUGCAUAUUGGUUAGCAAGGCUCUAGUGUGCACAACAUUAAAGUAUGUGUGGCAGGGCAAGCCCGGACAAGAUGAGCCUUGGUAUAACGAGAAAACCCAGAGAGAGAAGGACACCAAUCUGUACCUAAAGAUGUUCACCGACUUCCUGUCAUUCAUGGUGCUCUUUAACUUCAUCAUCCCCGUGUCCAUGUAUGUGACGGUUGAGAUGCAAAAGUUUUUAGGAUCCUUUUUCAUCACCUGGGACAAGGACUUCUUCGACCCCGAAAUCAAGGAGGGAGCGCUGGUCAACACGUCAGACCUCAACGAGGAGCUGGGACAGGUGGAGUACGUCUUCACAGACAAGACUGGCACCCUUACUCAGAACAACAUGGAGUUCAUCGAGUGCUGCAUCGACGGCUUCCAGUACAAGUACCAGGAUGAAAGCUCUGAGCUGGACGGAUUGUGUGUCCCAGAUGGACCUGUGAGCAAACUACAGCAGAAAGCUGGCAGGGAGAGGGAGGAAUUGUUUCUUCGUGCCCUGUGCCUGUGCCACACAGUCCAGGUGAAAGAGUCUUCAGAGCAGGGUCAAGGCCAAGGGGACGGACUGACAAACCAGGUGGAUGGCUUAGGGGUGGAUGGAGAGGUGCUCCAUCCAGCUCAUGAGCAGAGAGGCUUUAUAGCCUCCUCACCUGAUGAGGUUGCUCUGGUCAAGGGUGCAAUGAGGUACGGCUUCACAUUUCUGGGCCUGGAGAGCAAAACUAUGAAAAUUCUCAACAGGAACAAGGACAUUGAAAUGUAUGAACUCCUUCAUGUGUUGAACUUUGAUCCUGUAAGAAGGCGAAUGAGUGUAAUAGUCAGAUCCAAAUCAGGUGAGACACUGCUCUUCUGUAAGGGAGCUGACUCUUCCAUCUUUCCCCGUGUCAAACAAGAGGAGGUCGAAAGGAUACGCAUGCAUGUGGAGCGUAAUGCAACAGAGGGCUACAGGACGCUCUGUGUGGCCUACAAAUAUCUUAGUGAAGAGGAGUACGCCCAGGCAGAUGCAGGACUGAGGGAAGCUCGGCUGGCUCUGCAGGACAGAGAGCAGAAGCUCAUGUCUGUUUACAAUCAGGUGGAGACCGGCAUGAGUCUGAUAGGAGCAACUGCUGUAGAAGAUCGGCUUCAAGAGGAGGCAGCAGAGACCAUGGAGGCUCUGCAGGGGGCGGGCAUGAAUGUUUGGGUCCUUACAGGAGAUAAGAUGGAGACGGCAAAGUCCACCUGUUAUGCUUGUAGAUUGUUCCAGAGAAGUACAGAGCUGCUGGAGCUGACAGUGCGUACUCUGGAGGAUGGAGGGAGAAGGCGUGAGGAACGACUGCACGAGCUCUUGCUUGAUUACCAUAAGAAAGCCGUGCAGGAUGCACCACCAGUUAAAGCAGGUGUCACCAGGCGCUGGUCUUCGGCAAACCAGGAUUACGGUUUUAUCAUAGAUGGAGCCACUCUUUCGAUGGUGCUAAACUCCUCCUCUGAAUCCAACGCGAGUCGCUACAAGAACCUGUUUCUGCAGAUCUGUCAGAACUGUACAGCUGUGCUCUGCUGCCGCAUGGCUCCUCUACAGAAGGCCCAGAUUGUUAAGAUGGUGAAGAACUCCAAAGGAUGCCCCAUCACCCUUUCCAUUGGAGAUGGUGCCAAUGAUGUCAGCAUGAUUUUGGAAGCUCAUGUUGGUAUUGGUAUUAAGGGUAAAGAGGGACGACAGGCAGUGAGGAACAGCGAUUACGCCAUCCCCAAACUCAAGCACCUCAAGAAACUUUUGUUGGCUCAUGGACACCUCUACUAUGUUCGCAUUGCACACCUGGUGCAAUAUUUCUUUUACAAGAACCUUUGCUUCAUCUUACCUCAGUUUUUGUACCAGUUCUUCUGUGGCUAUUCCCAGCAACCCCUGUAUGACGCGGCCUAUCUGACGAUGUACAACAUCUGCUUCACCUCUAUGCCCAUCCUGGCUUACAGUCUCCUUGAGCAGCACAUUUGUAUUGAGGUUCUGCUGGACAAUGCUACCCUCUACAGAGACAUUGCCAAGAACGCCAUGUUGCGGUGGGGACUGUUCCUCUACUGGACUUUACUUGGAGUCUUCCAUGGCUUGCUCUUCUUCUUUGGUGUCCGGUUUUUGUUCAGUAACCCUGCACUGCAGGAUAACGGCCAGGUAUUUGGCAACUGGUCGUAUGGAACAAUUGUCUUCACUGUCCUUGUCUUCACUGUUACACUUAAGCUUGCUCUGGACACACGGCACUGGACAUGGAUCAACCACUUUGUAAUUUGGGGCUCCCUGGCUUUCUACGUGUUUUUCAGCUUUUUCUGGGGAGGAAUAAUAUGGCCUUUCCUGAAGCAGCAGCGUUUGUACUUUGUGUUUGCCAACAUGCUGAGCUCAGUGUCAGCAUGGCUGGUCAUCAUCUUGCUCAUCCUCGUCAGCCUACUGCCAGAGAUCCUGCUUGUGGUGUUCCGCAAGCCCCGAGGGCCCAACGCUCGACAGAAGAAGCUGGGUCAGUCGAGCGCCGGGGGCCCCGAGUCUCCCCGGUCUUCAGCCAGGCCCCUGCUCAUGAGAACCUUUUCAGAUGAGUCCAAUACUGUCAUUUAAACAGAUUGCGCCCGUCACACCACUUUCCUACAAGCACCUAAAGGAAGACGACUGAAAGGCAUCAAGGACUCACAACAACAGUGGCAUCAGACGCUGUCAGGGUCAGAGAUGUCUGCCAUCAUGCCUGACCGUAAAAGAGGAGGAAAAAUGAGAAGAAGAAGAGCGAUUUGCUGACUUGGGGGAAGGGAUCUAAAUGGGUUUAGCGGUCUUCGACUUGCCUUUCCCCACUCCGUCCUCUGCCCAAUCCAAACUCCUCCCCAGCCCCCCUUUGCGCAUGCCUGCAGAGCUGUGCCCUGCAUCAUUUUUUUCAAGAUAUCUACUCAGAAGACAGGCAUGGGUUUUCUUUAUUUGACUUUUUCUUCUUCUUUUUUUUUUUUUAUACUAGCUAAAAAUGAAUGCAUACACGGCUGCCUUUUUGGUAGCUCUGUUAAAACUGCUGUGUUUUAACAAGCGGUUGUAAUUUUCACUCCAAGAAUGAUUCACCUGCAUGAAAGAAGAAGAAAUGCUUCACUCCACUGAGGUUCAGUCACUGUUGUCUGCAUCGAUUUCAUUUCACUUUGAAAGUUUAUAUUACGUUACAGUUAUUGCACUUUUCAACCGCUAUUCUUUAAAUUGUUUGAUGUUUAAGAAAUUAGUCAUCCACAGUGUAUGAAAAGUUACUGAAGGUGAUUUUAGUUCUGCUCAGAGCGGCAAAACCAUUAUUAGAAUGGUUUUCUUUUUCAAAAUGUAUUUUUUUUUUCUUUUCUUUUUUAAAUUCUGAAUCUGCAUUGUUGAUCAAAUGCUAAAGUUGACGGUUAAGAGAGGCCAUUUUUAUCACUCAAUAAAGUGUGUGUUCGUGUGUAUGUAUGUAAGAUUGAGAGAUAGAUUAGAGAUGUUGAGCAUGAUCCAGCAGUGAAGCAUUGCUCGGAGCGUGACCUAAAUCUCCCGACCUCAGAGAUAAUUUAAGAGUCCAUUUAAGAGGAGUAAAUUAAUAUAUGUGCUGUACUGUAUUUAGCAUAGUGAUGUAUGAAAGCAUCUGCUCAAAGCCAAAAAAGAUAGACGUAAUACGAUCAGAUUCUGUCUACAGAGUGUGAACUGAGAGUGACAGGUCAAGUGUGUGUUUGUGUGUAUGUGCUGGAUGAUGAAAUCCAGAAAGGUCUGUGCGUCAUGAAAACCAGGAUUACUUGAACCUUGUUUGUGAAGUAUGUUUAGACAUUUCCUGCACUAUUAAGUAAACUGGUUUCUUCAUUGCGUCGAUGGUCACUAAGGCACAUGAGUAUAUGCCUGAGCACACAUGCACAUAUCAGCUUUAUAAGAACAACACACACACAGUAAGGACACACAUAUAUGCGCACAUGCACUAAAACCUAAAUGAGGUAUUUAUGUUCAUUACCCAUUAUCUAGUUUGUAUCGGUAGUCUCGUACAGGCUGAGUUGGAGCGUAAAGAAAAUCAACUCCACACCUAGAUCAUCAGUUUCAUUUCACUGUGAGGCUUUUUGCUCCAUAUCCCUCCUUCUGUUAGCGCUGAAAUCUUCUGACCAAUGAAAUGACAGAGUGGACGGUUGAGCCUCUUUUUUUUCCCCCCUCCUUUAACUUCUUGUGUGUAGUGCUCCAUACAUUCCAUUUUAACAUGAAUUGUUUUCAAACCUUUUUAGCUACUGUCUACAUUUGCCUCCCUCCUCCCCACAAACUUGUAUUGUCCUUUUGGCAUAUUUAUUAUUAAGUGUAAUUUUGCUCACAGAUGUUAUUCUUUUAUUGUAUAAAUCUUUUUCUGUUAUUGUUGUGGAGAGUGGUCAGCUUUGUGCCAGUUGAGUUAAUCUGUUUUUCGCUCCAGAACUGAUGUGAGCCUGUGCCAAUUUCAUUUUAAGUCUUUGUUAUACAUGCAAAGACAGGCAGCCCCCCUAAUGCUCUCCCAGUGUCCCACAAUCCACCUCUGUACCAACAAGACUCCUUUUGCAUUGAUAUACUGUAUUUACUCUUGGUUUAAACCUAUUGCAGAUUAUUUCUGUUCUGUGUUAAAGUUGUUAUAGUUUCCACAUUACUGAUUCCUGCUCAGACCGUACAUUACUUUUAAAUAUGGGGGUUUUAUUUCAUCUCUCUGAUUGUUGCCUCACAUAUCUUUAACAGUGCAUCUGUAGAGCGGGCUCAUGCAGUCAUAAUCCCAUGUUGAGAUACAAAUUAUGUACAUGCUGAUUUGAUCUUAACAAAUGGAAAAAUAGACCUGCCUUUCAGUAUCAUUCGCUGCUAGAACAGCUAGUUGUAGUUUUUGAUGAAAAGGGGAGGAGACUGCUCUUACACCCUGUGACACGUCGCCUCCAGACUGCACUGAGCCACACAUCAGAUGAGCGAGAGGACACACUAAGAGGGGCUGCCUGCUUUGUUAACAAAUGUAAAAACAACCUUUAAGUAACAUCAGAGAUGCUAUUUUCAGAGCUAAAUGAUAUCUUGGAAUCUAAUGUUUUUGCCUGUUUAAAUGAAAACUAUAAAAGAAUGAAGAAUUGAAGAAUUGUAUUUUUAAUGCAACCUUUUUUCCAGCCACUUUUUCUACGAAAAAACGAAAUGUCCCAAAAAAAACAAA